AUGAUCACCAUUUUCACUAGGGAUGGCUGGGCGGCGGAGGAUGGCGACGAUUGCGACGAUGGCGACGAUGAUCGCGGAAACAGGAAGAUUAUGUGGCCGCGGCACGAGAGAGUGACGGUUGAGUCGACUAAAAAAUCGCACGCGCCGUGGGAAAUUGCUUUGGCGGCUGCGCUUUUGCUUCUCGUCCUCACCUCGGCAUUGACUAUCCAGCCUCAGCAGCCGUCUCUGCUGCUGACGGUGCUUCCAGCGACCACCCUCUCCUCCCUGAGUGCUACCCCUGACAGCUCUACUACCCCUGACAGCCCUACUUCCCCUGACAGCCCUACUACCCCUGACAGCCCUACUACCCCGACUCUCUCCUCCAUGGCUCCUCCCCCUGACCCUGACAGCCCUGCCGCGGCUGCAGGCACUGAUACCGCUGGCCGCACUGAUACUCCUUAUAGCGCCACCCGUUAUAGUGACUCUGACGGCCGUCGCAGCGAGAAUAGCGACAGUGGGAAGGGGUUUACUACAGGCAAUGGCGGCGCCGGUAAGCAGGGGUUUGAGCUGCCGAACCCGCCGUCCAGGUUCGAUGCAUCUGCGGCGUGGCGGCAGAUGCAGCACCGCACGGCUGACUCAUGCUGGAGCCAGCAGGAACGGCACCUGUACCACACGGUAUGGCGUGGCACGAGAGAGGCAUCUGUAGCACACACGGCCAACCCGUCCCCUUCGUCAGCAGCGUUUAGAGCCGCAGUGGAGGAGUUUGAAGCGAUGCAGAGGGAGUGCGUGGGGUUCAAAAAAGGGGACAGCUGGCAAUGGGUCAAAGACAAGUCCAUGUGGAUAACAUCGUACGUCAUCUCAUUCGUGUUGGGUCUCCUCACCCACCGGGCCAUCAUCGUGCCACCAAACGCCUUCCUCACCCGCCGCUUCUACAACCCCUUCGCCCACGCCAACGCCUCCUGGACCGUCGGGCCCGUCACAGAGGGGUGGGUGGGUCACAGAGUGCCUGUUGUUGUCAACCGUGCUGCAGCAGCCGAAGCUGCGCAUGAGUGUAUUGACCAGACAGCUGUACUGGCGGGGCAAUGGGGCAUCGGGGAAUAUGAGGAGGCGUGUGCAAGAGAAUGGCACCGUUUGGCUGGACUUGAGCCACAGGUCGGCGGCUGA